GACCCAGAUUACUGCAAAAAAAUGUCUUCGUCACCAGAGUCUCCUUGUCAAAAAUGGGCGGACCGUCGUAAAUUGACCCGUCAACGUGAUCCUUGUCGAAGCAAAAAAUGUCAGCUUGAAACGGGCCCAUCCCUGGACAAAAUUCGCUGCCAAAGUCACUCCGUUCAAGCCCAAUUAUUGGAGCUACUUCACAAGCCCAAAAAUGGGAAUAAAUUUCAUCCCUCCCUUGGUCACAAUAAAUGUAAACGGGCCGCCCUUGCGCAGGCCCAAAACUGGGAAGAAAAUUCUCGAUCUCUCGGAUGCGUCUCUGCCAAUCAGUUUUUCUCUGCUCUGCGCCCAAAUCGCGGUACCAGACAUCUCGCUUCCAAUCCC